CUCAGAUACAGUCAGCCUGCUGCAAACUGGAGACAACAGACUGCAGCUAUAAGCCACGGAAACAGGUCAAAACAAAAGGCAGCGUUGUGUUUGAGCGGCAGGAUGGGCUCCAGCAGCUCCAGCAUGGACCACAUCCCAAACGCUGAGGAGCUCAUGCAGGAAACCGGCUUCUCUGCUGCCCACCUCCUCCGUCUGUAUGAGAGGUUUGAGUUUCUGGACAAAGACCAGACAGGAGAGCUCAGGCCUGAGGAUUUCGGAGCAAUUGGGGGGUUGGCCCUGAAUCCCAUCGGAGACAGAAUCAUCAGUGCCUUCUUCUCUCCGGGACAGGAAACUGUGGACUUUCCCUCCUUUGUCCGGGUUCUGGCUCACUUUCGUCCCAAUGGCACAAACCGAACCAGGAAUGGGACGCAGCAGGAGCCGGUCAACAGCAGGACCAGGAAACUCAAAUUUGCCUUCCAGUUGUAUGAUCAGGACAGAGAUGGAAAGAUUUCCAGAGCCGAGCUUCUGCAGGUGCUGCGGGCGAUGCUGGGGAUUCAGGUGACGGAGGAGCAGCUGCAGAGCAUCGCUGAGCGAGCCAUCCAGGAGGCCGACCUGGACAGAGAUGAUGCCAUCUCCUUCGACGAAUUCAAAAAGUCACUGGAGAAAGUGAACAUCGAUCACAAGAUGAGUAUUCGCUUCCUGAAAUAAACAUGUGACCUGGAUUUUUCUGUUUACUUGAAAAGAAGAUGAAGAUUCAAUUUGAGAUGUGAAGAGGAACAAGAAGAAAGCGAUCAGUGACCACAUCACUGAUUUACUAAGAAUGAAAUUAGAUGUUACACUGUGGUUACUGAAUGAGUCUGAUGUGCUGCUGGUUCACACCAUCAGCUGUACUGAAGCACUGUAAAGUGCAUCUUUAGCAGUGUUUUCUAAUGAAAGUGGAGGCUAAGGAGUGAUCAAUCUGAAACAUAACAUGACCACACCAGGUCUUCAUCUCCAUCAAAAAAAAAUGAAAAAAAGAGAUGUCACCUCAAACCAGACUUUUCUCUUUGAUAGGAAUCAAUACUCUGAUCGGUAUAAUGAGCACAAAUACAACUGUAGUUACCUCCUACUGGUUGGGAGGAUGGAGCUGGAGCUGGAUGAACCUCCAAUGUGUUUUUCCCUUCAUUGGUGGAACUUAUGGACCCUGUUUUCCUGAAACUAAAAGCAAGCACAAGUGAUUUUGGUGACCAUCAGCAACAGGAUGUAGGCCUUCUCAAUGUAGAGAACCUCAAGUUCCUCCUGUCUCUUUUAAAGAAGAGUCCAAAUUCUACUCUCCUCAUCCACAGGAAUACAAGGAUCUAUGACUGUAUCUGUGAGGGUUCAUGUGGACUAUCCAUGUGCAGCCCAAAAUUCAUGGCUGCAUCAGUGUAAAGGCUGAAACUGUCAGCCUAACAAUUAAAUAAUUAAAACAAUUUUAAUAACAAUUAAAAUAACUAUUAAAUAAAGACCUUCAUACUCUCA